AUGAGUGGACAGGACAGAGAAAGAGGCCUGAGCUCUGUGUUGGCAGUUGCCAUGGUUUUGCUCCGAGUUCUGGAGCCGACCUGCCCACUACCUGGGGCACUCAGGUUACAGAAGCAGCCCAAGCCCCUCACUGACUGUGCCACCUCCUUCCAGGUGGGGAGUGUUCCCUGCUUAGAGAGGAGCUCCAGAACCAUCCCUGCCGCCGGAGAUGCUCUGGUCCGUCAUGCCAAGGGCCUGAGCCAGGAUACCUUCAAAAUUUGUAAAGAAUACCUGAGGCCUCUGAAGAAGUUCCUGCGAAAGUUGAACCUGCCCAGGGACCUUUCCCAAAAGAAGCGGAUAAAGUACACAAAGCAGAGCCUUGAGGCCCUCGGGGACCACAUCAACACCUUCCUGCAGCAUUACUGCCGAGCCUGGGAGAUCAAGCACUGGAAAAAGAUGCUCUGGCGGUUUGUCUCCCUCUUCUCAGACCUGGAGUCAAAGCAGCUUCGGCGUCUCUAUAAGUACACCAAAACCAACCAGACAGCCAAGUUCCUGGUCACCUUCUGUCCCUUGGAUGUACCAGAGAGAUACUUGCUGGCCAACCAGGAGGAUAGUCUUCCCAGACUCUGCAGCGCCUGGGGGUUGCAUGGAAAUAUCAGCGGUAUGAAGGAGAGGCUGUCCAAGAUGCAGGCCCCUGGCCAACAGGUUGGCGUUCUGGAAAAGCCAAGGUCCUCAAACUGCUGCUUCAGAGGAGAUUCUUUAAGGAAAUUUCCUCAAAAACCAAAACUGAAGAAAAAGCAGAUUAAAGAAAGCCCAGAAACUCCCAAGAGAUACCUAUGA